AUGAUUUCCUUAGCCGAUGCCUAUCAUGUAGUGGCAGCCACUGUCCCAUUAUAUGUGACCAUGAUACUGGCCUACAUCGCUGUGAAGUGGUGGAAGAUCUUCACACCGGAUCAAUGUUCAGGCAUAAACAAAUUUGUGGCAAAGUUCUCUGUCCCACUUUUGUCAUUUCAAAUAAUUUCUUCCAACAACAUCUACAAAAUGAGCCUCAAACUCAUACUUGCCGACUUUGUUCAGAAAUUGCUUGCAUUUCUACUCUUAAUAGCAAUCAUUAAGAUCAGUGCCCGAGGAGGUUUAAAGUGGAUCAUAACUGGUUUGUCAUUAACAACACUUCCUAACACUUUGAUUCUGGGGAUCCCUCUGAUAAAGGCUAUGUAUAAGGGUGAAACAGUUGUUCUUCUAGCACAGAUUAUUUUCUUGCAAAGCAUGAUGUGGUACAAUUUGCUAUUGUUCCUUCAUGAACUUGAUGCAGCCAAGACCAGGCCUGCUGCACCAUCGUCACAAGGCACAGGAGAAACGGGGACAGCACGGGAAUUACAAUCAAAUGAAGAAGAAGAUGCAGAAGCAGAACCUAGAACAAAAAGGAAAAUGAAGAUCGUGCCCAUUCUUGUCACAGUGGGAAAGAAGCUAAUCAGAAAUCCUAAUACCUAUGCAACUUUAACAGGUUUUAUUUGGUCAAGCAUACAGUUCAGGUGGGGACUACAUAUGCCUGAAGUGGUUAAUCAGUCAAUAGAAUUAUUGUCCAAUGGAGGUCUUGGUAUGGCAAUGUUCAGCUUAGGUCUGUUUAUGGCAUCUCAGUCCAGAAUCAUAGCAUGUGGGCCAAGGAUAGCAAUGGUUGCAAUAGGACUGAAAAUUUUGAUCGGACCUGCCCUAAUGGCUGUGGCUUCCCUUGUCAUUGGAUUAAGAGACACAUUGUUUAAAGUUGCAAUCGUUCAGGCAGCUCUACCCCAAGGAAUUGUGCCUUUUGUUUUUGCCAAAGAGUAUAAUGUCCAUCCAGCCGUUUUAAGCACUGCGAUCUUGUUAGGAAUGCUCAUUGCCUUGCCAGUGGAAUUGGUUUUCUACUUCCUAUUAGCAAUAUGA